AUGGCGGCCUCCGGAGAUCUGAUCGACUUCGAUAUCAUUGAAGGACAGAAGGAAAAUAUUCAAUCGCUUCCAGGUGGCCGCUCUGCUAGAGAACUGGCCCGGAUAUUCUCUCCUCGCGAUCCCAGUGAUAAACUGGCAGCUCCAUCACCAAAUGACACACGGACACUCAACGACGCGAUCCGGCAAGAAUAUGAGGCGGAGUUACAGGCGAUCGCAGAAUCAGACGACCCUCUCGACAUUUACGAUCGCUAUGUGAAGUGGGCAUUGAAUGCCUACCCGACUGCACAAGCAACCGCAGAGUCAGGACUUCUACCAUUACUAGAGCGCGCCGUCAAGUCAUUCCUAUCAUCGCCCCAUUACAAGAACGACCCACGAUACCUCCGACUAUGGCUUCACUACAUCAGACUAUUCUCAGAUUCGCCACGAGAAACAUUUGCAUUCAUGGCUCGGCACCACGUCGGGGAAGGACUCGCUCUGUUCUACGAAGAAUUCGCCGCGUGGCUUGAGAGUGUUGGAAGGUGGACACAGGCCGACGAGGUGUACAGACUUGGCAUCGACCGGGAAGCACGACCAACCGAACGUCUGGUUAGAAAAUACGGCGAUUUCCAGAGACGCUAUGAAGAACAGACAAGAGAUAACGGACCUUCGUCGCCCGCACUUCCUGCAGUGCGCCCCGCACUAGCCGCCAAAGUUGACCCAUUCGCUUCCGCUGCGGCCGCACCCGCAGAUCCCCAAGCCCAGCGCUCUAGUCCAGGAACCACGAGUGCACCUAAAACAAAGUCAGGAAAAGCCAAGAUGGCUAUCUUUACCGACACAGAACAAGCAGCGAGCCAGCCGGCUUUGGGUGCACAGACCAAGGGCUGGGACAGUCUUGGAUCUAGGUCAGAUCGACGAAAGGAGAAUCAAAUCGAGGCGAAACCAUGGGCUGGGGAAACACUAAAAGCUGGAAGGAAAGCUCCGCCGAAGGAGAAAUUGGCGAUUUUUAGGGAUGAGUCAAAAUCAGAUCUACCAGACAAAGAUGAAAUGCAGUCCAAGCCAGUUCCAGAACACCGCAUUCGGGAGGCCGUAAACCCACGUACAGGAAGAAAGGAGCGAGUAUUUGUUGAUCUCGCUGCGGUGUACCCCGACUACAAGAACCCUAACGUUGAAUUCAGCUUUGAGGAGCUCAGAGCCAUGAAGCGUGGAUGGAUGGACAAGGAUUGGCGUCAGAAGCGGCCUCUCAAGCAGAUCUCUGGCAACGCCGUCCAAGCAGAUCCCAACUCGCCCGAUGAGAAUGCCCUUCCAGCCGAAUUCAAGGAGAAGUUAAAGUUGAGCGGUACAGAUGACCAUGCUCUGAAUCAGCCUAUAAUGUCAGAGAAGGCUCAUGAUAGCAAAUCAGGCAAAGGAGGGAAACUGAAAGUUCGCGAAGUCAAGGCCGAAACGCAGACGAUCAAGAUGAAAUUUGAUUCUCCCACUGGAAGCAAGAAAAUCCGGCGCAAGAGCACUGCGGAGCCAACAAUGACCAUGCACACGCGAGCUGCCACAGAUGAGAUCUACAGCAUCUUUAAUCAACCAUUGAAAACGGAGACCGACAAUGUGGCGGAAAGCAGUGACUUCGACGAUGAUGACUAUACAAGUGCUGGGGAAAGCACAGUUGGGCGAAUAUCUGCAGCGUCCAGUGAUUUUGGAGAUGAUACAUUCCACAAAUCUUUCGAUGAAGGCGACGCGGAUGACUUCGAUAAUACUCGCGCUGAAAGUGUUGUUGAUGGCGAAUGGACUCAGUUUUCUGCUGCCGAAAUUGGGGGUGAAACAACUUCGUUUCAGUCAGAAGCUGUUGAUCCAACACAAUCAACAGUACACCCUGGCGACGAUGAUAACACGAAUGGCCUUGAUUCUGCACCGACAAACGAACAACCUCAAAGGCAAAGGUUCAUUCCAGAGAUGCCAGAGGACUAUGUAGCACCCACUGGCACAUACCGAGACCCUGUCAUUGUGGCUCAAAACCGCCUGCCUUUCAUGACACCAAUUGUUGAGCGCACCGAGCACUCGUUCCCUUCGAUGACUGCUGCUCGGAGCAAUCUGUGCAGCGCAAAAACUCCUUCAAGUGUGCUGAACCCGACAACGACGCCUGGUAUGCCUCAGAUGGGAAAUCUUCUUUCCAGCCCUCUUCCGACGGAGACGCCAUUCCACGGGCAGACCAUGCACGGCUUGGAAGAUAUAGUUGAAAGCCCUACCGCGAACAGGUCGCUUUCUUCGAGCCUCAAAUUAUCGUCGCCGGCAAAAGAUACCACCCAACACGGACCUAUUAUCAGAGACAUGUUGUGCAAUCCUAUUGGCAGGUCAGUCCGGGACACAAUUCUUCAGGCCUCGCACUCCACUCUCGCAGCCUACCCUGGCUUCAAUGCUCAUCCCGAUACGCAGUCUCACUACGCCCCUGAGAUUGAGCGGUUCAUGAAAAACACCAGCAAGCGUUCCAGGAGUGGCGGCGAGUCGGCGUUUGACGUCCCAAUCAUCGAUCUUCCGGGAGCAGAGAGGAACUAUAUUGUCAGACGGGAGCUCGGCGCAGGAGCCUACGCUCCAGUUUACCUUGCGGAAAGCAUAGACAGCUUAGAGUCUGAUUCGGAGAUGGAGUCUGUUGACAGCAACAGCGGAAACUCCGUCGAGUCACGACAGAAGACACCUCGCUACGGCUUCGAGGCCAUCAAAUUGGAAGUCGGUCCGCCAAACGCAUGGGAAUUCUACAUGAUUCAAACCGCGCACCACCGCCUAGGGCAGCUUUCAACCCUUUCCCGCGCUACCGAUAGCAUCGUCCGGGCCCACGAACUGCAUAUCUUCAAGAACGAGAGCAUCUUGGUCGAAGACUACCGCCCCCAAGGAACCCUCCUCGACCUCGUUAACCUCGUGCGCCACGAAGGAAUCUCCGGCCCCGCCACCGGCGAAGGCGGCCUCGACGAAGCCCUAGCCAUGUUCUUCACAAUCGAGCUCUUCCGCACCGUCCAAGCCCUCCACACCUGCGGCAUCCUCCACGGCGACAUCAAAGCCGACAACUGCCUCAUCCGCUUCGACGACAAACCAACCCACUUCCAAGCGGCCGACGAAAACACAGACCCCCGCGAAAUCCACUACUCCCCCUCCGGCGCCUUCGGGUGGGGAACCAAGGGCCUCGCCCUGAUCGACUUCGGUCGCGGCAUCGACAUGCGCGCCUUCGACCGCUCCGUGCAAUUCAUCGCAGACUGGAAGACCGGCGAGCAUGAGUGUCCCGAGAUAAGGGAGAUGAGACCCUGGACGCACCAGAUCGAUCUUUACGGUCUGGCUGGUGCAGUCCAUGUCAUGCUCUUCGGAAAAUACAUUGAGAGUGUUCCCACCGAUUCCUCCAAGAAAACGUACCGCAUCCGCGAGCCGCUCAAGCGCUACUGGGAGAAGGAGAUCUGGGUCGACGUCUUCGAUCUCCUCCUGAACCCGGGGGCGGAAAGAUGGGUUCAGUUGGAGCAGGAGCAGAACGCCGACGUGAAUGCUUCGAACCUCCCUGUCCUCAACUCGAUGCAGUAUGUCCGUGGACGCAUGGAGGGCUGGCUUGUUGACCAUGCCGAGAAGAAGGGGCUGGGUCUGCAGAUCCGGAAGCUAGAGGCGAUCUUCGCGGAGAGGAAGAAGAGGUUGGAGAAGUGA